AUGGCUCUGAAACAUUUGCCAACCAGCCUAACCUCGUGUGCAGGCUUUGGUUUAGCUUGUUUGCUUGCAUUCACAGUUCAAGUCUACUUGUUCUCACCAAUAUCCCCAGUCUCACUUGAACUACCUCCAUCUUCUUCGCUUCCUCAAAACAACAUAUUACAGGGGGUGAUUAAGCUUGGAGAUGGAGUACUUCUGAAACCAGAAGAUAUUGCUUUUGAUAGAGAAGGCACACUCUAUGCGGCCACAAGAGAUGGUUGGAUCAAAAGGCUUCAGAGAAAUGGGAGUUGGGAGGAUUGGAAGAUGUUGAAUACUGAUACACUUCUUGGAAUUACUAUCACAAACGAAGGUGAUCUUGUUGCAUGUGAUGUUGAUCAGGGUUUGCUUAAGGUUACUGCAAAUGGAAUCACGGUUCUUGCUUCACACGUUAAUGGGUCCAAAAUAAGAUUUGCAGAUGAUGUGAUUGAAGCUUCAGAUGGGAGUCUCUACUUUAGUGUUGCAAGCACAAAAUUUGGACUUCAUAAUUGGUAUCUCGACGUGCUCGAGGCAAAACCACAUGGGCAGCUGCUCAUGUAUAACCCUUCAUCAAACGAGACCUCAAUCUUACUUGAGGGUUUGGGUUUUGCUAAUGGAGUUGCAGUUUCAGAAGACCAGAAUUAUCUGGUGGUCUGUGAAACAUGGAAAUUCAGGUGCCUAAGGUAUUGGCUAAAGGGGGAGAAGAGAGGGCAGACCGAGAUCUUCAUUGAGAACCUUCCCGGCGCCCCCGACAACAUCAAUCUUGCUCCAGAUGGGUCCUUCUGGAUUGCUCUACUUCAGUUGACUUCGAAUGGGAUGGAGUUUGUGCAUAGCUCCAGAAUUGCAAAACACUUGAUAGCAACAUCUGGGAAAUUAGUAGAACUAGUCAAUGGACUACAAAAGAGAGCUACGGUGGUGAAUGUGGGUGCUGAUGGCAAGAUAAUCAAGAAGCUCGAAGAUCCUAAUGGAAAUGUGAUGUCGUUUGUAACUUCGGUUUUGGAAUUUGAGGAUCAUCUUUACUUUGGGAGCUUGCAGAACUUCUUCAUUGGCAAGUUGCCACUGAAUGUUGCAUAA